UAUAUUAUUUUUGAUUCUAAUACAUUUUAGAUUUUAAAUAUUAUUAUUUAUUUAUUUUAAAUGGCUAUAAGUAUAUUAGAGAGUGAUCGAAUAGACCGUUACGAAUUUGAAAUUUUUAUUGGUGAAAUUAAUAUUACUGGAUUCAAAUCCAAAGUAUCAGAAAACUGCAAUGAAAAUGAUAAAUCCGGAUUAAAACAAGAAGAAUUAUCUAAAGAAUUUUCUAAACAAAAGUAUACCAUUAAAACAGUUCUGGAUAAUAUAAUAGAAUAUAAUAUACCUAACUAUGAUAAAGUUAAUGAAGAUCUUGAUGACCAUUACUUAACAUAUUACGAUGAUUUAAAAUCAAAUGAGUCGUUUACAAAUAUUGUUAAACAACUUGCCGAACGGUAUAUUGUUAAUGUUAAACCCAACAGUGACGCACAACAUAUUUGUUUCGACAUCACGUACAAAGAAAGCGAUACGGCGGUUAUUUCUAUGAAGCCCACUUCUAUAAAUAAAGGGGUGAUAUGUAUUUUUGCCUGUGUACCUAGAACAUUGGUAACAAUUUUACAAAAGAACCCUGUGGAGCUAAUAAUCUGUGAAGACCUAAAAGAUGGUCGAGUAAAAAUAGGCACAGUAUCUAUCAUGCUCAGCGGUUCAAUGGGGUUUACUAGUGCGAUAAAUUAUCAUUUUUAUGAAAAAGGAUACGAUAUACAUACACAUACUGUUGAAAACGUACACCAAGUGAAAAAUAUUGAUGGUAGUGAGACUAUAGGAGAUAUGUUUGUGCGUUUGAAGCUAACGUGUCACGGACCCGAAACAAUGCAAGUCAAUCAAAUUGUAUUAAAAUCAAACCAACCGGAGCUACAACCUAUAUUCAAUGAUAACGAUUCGUUUGACUUUUAUUUUGAUAAAUACAUCAUCCCAUCUCCACCAAAAAUGAUGUAUAGUAGUGUAAAGAAAUGUGAAGACAAAAUACUUAACCCUGAAAUAAAAGAGCUUCUCGAAUGCCAAAGAAUUCAAGAAACAAAAGAAGAUAAACCAUGUAUUUGUCCUUGUAAAGGAUUAUUAGAAAAUGUACAAACAAUCUUGUCUUCUGAUUUAAAACAAUACGCCUCGAUGUGUAAGUCAAACGUAGCAGUAAACGAAGUCUGCAGUAUUAAAACUUGUGGCCCAGUGACUUCAGCUAAAAUACAAAACAAUGAUUGUACGGAAAGGAAAUGUAGAUAAAUAUAUUAUAAUUAUAUGUAUAAAAUAAAAACAAACAAAAAAUUA